AUGGAAUCGAGUGAGCCAAAUAUUAUUUUUCAUCCGAUGAUUUCGUCAAUACAAAAAAUUGCACUUUAUGAAACUAAAUCUAGGUUUUACUUGAUGGGUUCGAAUAAUAAUUUAACUCGAUUCCGAGUUUUGAAAAUAGACCGAAUGGAACCACGAGACCUGGUGGUUGUGGAUGAUAAAAUGGAAUACACCCAAGAUGAAAUAGCUGAUCUGGUCACCAUGAUCGAUAUCGGGAAUCGCAGCAGUAAUAAUAGUGGCAAUAGCAAAUUAAUUGGCCAGAGAAAUAAAGCGAGUGGUGUGGCUCGUAUUGUAUCUGCUUUUGGCAUUGUCGAUAAAAAACAGCAAUAUAAUUUAAUCUAUCAUAAACCGACUAAAACAAAUUUUUCAUGGAAAUCAACUUGGAAUAAGGAUUGUUUUCCGCGGUUAAUAUCUGCUUUUGGUAUUGUUGGUUUUGUAAGAUUUCUAGAAGGCUAUUACAUAAUCCUUGUAACAAAGCGUCGCCGAGUAGCAGUGAUUGGUCAUCACACAAUUUACAAAAUCGAGGACACAUCAAUGAUCUACAUUCCCAAUGACACAGUUAGAAUUUUUCAUCCUGAUGAACAGCGCUACGUCAAGAUGUUCCAAAGCAUCGAUCUGAGCAGCAACUUUUACUUCAGCUACUCCUACGAUUUGACCCAUACACUUCAAAAUAAUCUCGCUCCACCGAAGCACAUCUUCAAUAACAACAAUAAUAACACCGACAUAAACGACUCUCAAGAUGAAGACAAUCCGGAUGAAAAAUUGAUAAACAUGUGGACGCAAAUGACCUUCAAAAACAAGAAAAUAAUUGACUACGGUGUGCGUAGCAACCCAAAUCGCAGAUUCGUGUGGAACAAUCACUUGUUGAAUCCCGUGGAACGUGAUCUGCACCGUGAUUGGAUCCUCUACAUAACCCACGGGUUCAUCGGCCAAUCCAAUGUCUGCAUAUUUGGUAAAUCCAUUUACAUAACUUUAAUCGCACGUCGUAGUAACAAAUACGCAGGAACGCGGUUCCUGAAAAGAGGCGCGAAUUCCACUGGAGAUGUCGCUAAUGAAGUCGAAACAGAACAAAUAGUUUACGAUUCUGCGGUAAGUUCGCUUCACAGCGGAAGGUUCACUUCGUUUGUUCAAAUGCGGGGCUCCGUUCCAGGAAACUGGAGCCAGGACAUCAGCAAAAUGGUUCCUAAACCCACUAUUUCGUGUGAUCUUGCGGAUCCAUUUUAUGAAAUAGCAGGUGCGCAUUUUAAUCAACUUCUCCAGCGCUAUGGAACACCCACAAUUAUUCUGAGCUUGGUGAAGAAACGAGAAAAGAAGAAACAUGAGAGCACUUUGAGCGACGAGCUAACAUCUGCCGUAAAAUAUUUGAACCAAUUCUUAGCUCCUGAAAAUCAACUGCAAUACGUGAGUUUCGACAUGGCGCGCAUGAACAAGGGUAAGGAGGCCAAGGUUAUGAGCCGGUUGGCAAAUAUUGCGAAUAAUGCUGUGAUCAAAACUGGAAUUUUUCAAUCGCAAGUGCCGUAUUAUAGCCAGAAAAAAUUAUUCCUGGAUAAUACACCGGUAGUAAGAAAUUGUAAAUUAAAUGAAGAAGGAUAUGACAAAAUAACUGAGUCGUUUAUAAAAAAAGGAACGUUGCAGACAGGAAUUAUUCGCACAAACUGCGUUGAUUGUUUGGAUAGAACCAACACUGCGCAAUUCGCGAUUGGAAAGUGCGCAUUAGGGUAUCAGUUAUGCGCGCUGGGAGUUUUGGACUCGGCAAAACUUGAGUUUGAUUCUGAUUGCGUCAGAAUGUUGGAAGAGUUGUAUGAAGAUCAUGGUGAUACGCUAGCGCUGCAGUACGGAGGUUCCCAGUUAGUCCAUAGGAUUAAGACAUACCGGAAAACAGCGCCGUGGACUAGUCAAGGAAAUGACAUCAUGCAGACGCUGAGCAGGUAUUACAGUAAUACGUUCAGCGAUCAGGAGAAGCAGCACACGAUCAACUUGUUCUUGGGAUUGUUUACUCCUGAAGAAGGUCGUGUGCCUUUGUGGGAGCUGUUGACAGAUUAUUACUUACAUCAUACGCCAGUUUUUAGAAGAACGAAGCUGCUGACGCAGUGGUGGGAUAAAAAUACCAUCAGGUGUUUGCCGUAUGCUUAUGAUGAUAUUGAGAAGACUUGCUGGGAAAUGGUUCAGGUGGAUAGUACGCAAGAAGAAAUGAUUGACGUGUACUCAGACUAUCAUCGACUAUAUGAAUUAGUCCCGCUGUCAGAAAUGUACGCGUACCAAAUAAGCCACUCGAUAAGAGACUUUAUGCCACAUUUCACUACCAAUUACAGCCCUUUUGCAGUUCGAGUUCGACCUGGAAGACGAAGAGAAGAAACGGGAAACAAGCGGAAUGGUAAUAUCAAAAAUCCCUCAAUGACGGGACAAAGUAGCACCAGUAGCACCGCUUCCAGUGCCAGUUCUAGCGUCGACACUAGCUCUGACGAUGAAGAUGAUGAUCUGGUGGUUGUUCGUCACCAAAGAAGUGAUCUGUCAAACAGAGACUCUAGGGAAACCAAUGCUAGCUCAGUAAGCUUCGAAGCGCUCUUUCCUGCCAUGAAAGAAGUUUAUGGUGUGGAAUUAGAAAAUCCGCGACGCAGUGAUCUGGUUUUGUACAAGCGGUUUGUUAUGAUCGGUCGCAACGCUGCGGGGGUAAAGGAACAUACUUCGAGUAUUCAGAGAGCAAAAAUGGUUCAACAAGUUACUUUUCCGGAUAUUGUUAAUUUGAGCAGGAAGAAAACUGAGAGUUUCAAGCUGCCGAAGGUUGAUGAUACUAGUGUCAGUAUUUAUGAACAAUAUGUACAGAGAGGGAAGAACGGAGGAUUUAUUCCCAACCCAACAGAUAUGAUCCUCUACGAAAAAUAUACUUAUGAAAGCAAAUUAUGUCACGAUACGAAUUUUAAAACUAUUAAAUAA